AUGGAGGGGCUGAAGAGGAAAAGGGGUGACCCAACACUUAUCAUUGAGGCAAAGGCUCGAGGAGUCGAACUGUUGGGCUUUCGUUUCCUCCCCACAUCUGCACCACAUAUUAAUAAUGCAUCCAAAGCACUCCCCUCUUCAUCCUCGUCUCCACCGCUUCUUCCCCUCCCGCUCUCUUCCGCCUCUACUUGGCCGUGUUGUCCCCGCUGCUCCUCCGGCUUCCCAGAUAUGAAUGGUGUCACUAGCUCAAGUUUGUUUCCUUUGCAGCGCUGUAAAACUGUGCACCUGGUCAGACAUGCACAAGGCAUUCAUAAUGUGAAAGGUGAAAAAGACUACAGAGCAUACUUAUCUCCAGAACUUUUUGAUGCACCCCUUACUCCAUUGGGAUGGGAUCAGGUCGAUAAUCUCCGUAAACACAUUAGAGCCUGCGGCCUAUAUAAGAAAAUUCAAUUGGUUAUCACCUCUCCUUUGCUAAGAACAAUGCAAACUGCCGUAGGGGUUUUUGGAGGAGACAGCUAUAGUGAUGGGGUCAAUGUGCCUGCCUUAAUGGUUGAAAACGUUGGGAAUAGUAACCGGCCUGCAAUUUCAAGCUUGAACUCUCCACCAUUUGUAGCGGUUGAAUCUUGCCGGGAGCAUUUGGGAGUUCGCCCAUGUGAUAAGAGGAGAAAUAUAAGCGAAUAUCGGCAUCUUUUCCCUGCAAUUGAUUUUUCUUUGAUAGAGAAUGAUGAAGACAUCUUGUGGAAAGCUGAUGUCAGAGAGACAAAUGAAGAGGUUGCAGCUAGAGGAGUAAAGUUUUUAAACUGGUUAUGGACACGAAAAGAGAAUGAGAUUGUUGUCGUUAGCCAUAGUGGGCUCUUGUAUCAUACCCUAAAAAUGUUUGGUAGUGACUGCCAUCCCAUCGUCAAAGAGGAAAUCAGCAAACAUUUAGCUAACUGUGAGCUCCGAUCUAUGGUGUUGGUUGACAGAAGUAUGCUUGGUUCAGAUUCUUGUUACAGCAAUUAUCCUGGUAAGAUACCGAGUGGUCUUGAUCUGCGUAGCGACAUUGCUGAUGAUAAGCACCCUGAGAAAGGCAACAUCAAUUAGGUCUUCCAAGAUAGUCUCAUCGACCAACCAGCGAUGCAUCAAAGCCUGGAGUUGGUUCCUGAUAUUUCAUGUGAUAUUAAUGUGCUCAGGAGGCCACAGAGUUCAAUUUCUUUAACAAAUUAUCCACAUUUGGAGAGGUUUUGUAAGUCUUUGAUACGAUGCAUCGAUUAGACUUGAUCUAUAACAUGGAUAGAAUUUCCAGAGAUUUACAGCAAA